AGUUUCGUAAAAAAAAAAAAAAAAAAGGGCAGAAAAUUCCGAGAAAUUUGGAACAGUAACUGCCACUGUGUUUCUCAAGAAAACUAAAGAAAUAAACAGUAGAGAUACGCUGAGAAUCUCAUCAAAACCGAAACUCUCCUUUUAUUUUUUAAUUUAAACCCCUCAAAUAACUCUUAAAACAAUGGAUCAUUAGCUAAACUAAUUCCUUUUCAGCCAUCAAGGGUGGUGCUUGGUCUGCAGCAGGGCAACAGUGCCUUGGAAUGGGUGCACAGCAAGGAAAAGAGACCCGCUGCGGUAGUGGGUCGUCCGUCAGUAGUACCCGUGGAAAACCGGCCAAGCACUAUCAAAGAAGCAAAGCAUCCAAAGAUUCUAGAUCUUCUAUAGCCGCUGGAAAUGUUUUCACUGAACACAAUGCACUGUUGCAAAGCAGACCACUCCCUCAAAUCCCUGAUGUGUCAGAUGACAUACGCAAUCUUCCUCCUCCCCUAGAUGCUCCCUCUCGCUGGAUGUCAAAAGACAACCUAUUGUCUCAGGAUGAAAAUGAUUCUCAACUCUUUGUUGCUCUCUAUGACUUUCAGUCAGGGGGUGAGAAUCAAUUAUCUAUCAGGAAAGGUCAGCAGGUGAGAGUUUUGUCGUACAAUAAGACUGGAGAAUGGUGUGAAGCUACGUCAUGGAACGGUCUUGUUGGCUGGGUUCCCAGCAACUACAUCACCCCUGUCAAUAGCCUGGAGAAGCAUUCCUGGUAUCAUGGGCCCAUCUCUCGAAAUGCAGCGGAGUAUCUCCUCAGCAGCGGUAUAAAUGGCAGUUUCUUGGUGCGUGAGAGCGAAAGCAGCCCAGGUCAGAGAUCCAUUUCAGUCAGAUUUGAAGGGAGAGUUUAUCAUUACCGUAUUAAUGAAGAUUCGGAUGGAAAGGUUUUCGUAACCUCGGAGUGUCCAUUCAACACCUUAGCCGAGUUAGUCCAUCAUCAUUCCAUUCAUACAGAUGGCCUGAUAACUGUUCUUUUGUAUCCUGCACCCAAGAGGAACAAGCCUACCGUCUUUGCCUUGAGCCCAGAACCUGAUGAGUGGGAGAUAGAACGUACCGACAUUGUGAUGAAGCAUCGGUUAGGGGGUGGCCAAUAUGGAGAUGUUUAUGAAGCCAUAUGGAAACGUUACAACAUGACAGUGGCUGUCAAAACUCUCAAAGAAGAUACAAUGGCUCUGAAGGACUUCAUUGAAGAAGCUUCCAUUAUGAAGGAAAUGAAGCAUCCUAAUCUAGUCCAACUCCUUGGUGUUUGUACUCGUGAACCUCCGUUUUAUAUCAUAACAGAGUUUAUGCAGCAUGGAAACCUUUUAGAUUUUCUUCGUAGCGCGACUCGUGAUAGUAUAAAUGCAAUCAUCCUUAUGCACAUGGCAACACAAAUCUCUUCAGCCAUGUCAUACUUGGAAUCUAGGUGCUUCAUUCAUAGGGAUCUUGCUGCUCGUAAUUGUCUGGUGGGUGAUGGUCACCUUGUUAAAGUGGCUGACUUCGGACUGGCUCGCUUAAUGAGGGACGACACUUACACCGCUCACGCUGGUGCUAAAUUCCCCAUCAAGUGGACUGCUCCUGAGGGAUUGGCUUACAAUAAAUUUUCCACAAAAUCUGACGUGUGGGCAUUUGGAAUACUGUUGUGGGAGAUAGCAACUUAUGGUAUGUCACCCUAUCCUGGUGUAGAGCUUACAGAUGUUUACCACAUGUUAGAAUCUGGUUAUCGCAUGGAGUGCCCAGCUGGAUGUCCUGCGCGAAUAUAUGAUCUUAUGAAAGAAUGUUGGCUGUGGGAGCCGAAUGAAAGGCCAACAUUCAAGGACAUUCACGACAUCUUAGAAAAUAUGUUUCAAAACUCAAAUAUAAUUGAAGAAGUGGAAAAGCAGCUGGAAAAAAAAUUAGCGGCUGGUCUCUGUAAAUCUGGAAGCAUUUCAUCAUCAAAAUCAUAUUCGUUCAAUGAAAAACCUUGCCAAAAUAUAAGUCCAGAAAUUGAAAACAAUGCAGUUACUUCUGAGAGCCAGAAUAUAUUUUCUGUAAAAUCAGUGUUUGUUCAACUCAGUCGAUCUAGUCCACGCUACAAGCACAUGCCUGCUCCACCCCCUAAACGAACCAGCACAUUUAAGGAGAACUCCUACCCAGAUGACCUUGACAAAGUAGAGGAUGCAGCAUUUUAUUUUCGCGAGUCACCCGAUGUGAAAUUCGAUGCAGCAGCAGACGACGACUUUUCUCCUUGCGAUAAGACUCCGGGCGGUGAUUCUCCCAUCGAGCGUAACUCUGAGAAAGAGGAUUCAGGUGUUGCAGCCUCAUCCUCUGACGCAUCUUCUAUACAGUUAAAGAAAUCAAAGAAAAACAAAUCCCAAAAUUCACUCAUUCAGAAAUGUAAAGAUGUCAAUGGGAAAAAGACCGACUCCAAGAAAGUAAAAGUCGCUGCUCUCGAAGUUCAAAAUGUGAAAAAGGCCAUUAGCCGCUACGGAACACUGCCAAAAGGUGCUCGUAUUGGUGCUUAUUUAGACUCUUUGCGUCAACAUGGUUUGCAUGAGGGAACAUCCUGUCCCCCUGAAACAAUCAUGGAAGGGGAGUUAGAAUGCUUGCGGGAAAUAAGUGAGGAAGUUCAUGUUGACCGUAGGGUCACGGGAUCUGUCACCAAUCUCAGUAGACUGGAAAUAAGCUCGCGCCACAUGACAGGAGUGAGGUAUGGACUAGAAAAUAAGUCAAUUAGAAACUCCCAUAGAUUUUUCAUGCGUCAAAAAUCUGAUCUCACUCAUAAUAAAAUGAACGAUGUCUUAGAAACUUUCUCAAUCACUGAAUCUCAUCACCUCCGAUCUGGAAAGCUUUCGGAUCGCUUCUUUCCCAAUAAGAAAGCAGAGAAAAAGUCAGAAAGUUUAACUUGCAUUCGAGAGCCAAUGGAACUGAUUGGUAAUGUUUCUAAUAUUUUUGUAAAUAACUCAACCCACCAUGCUUCUUGGGAAAACGUGGUGGCCAACAAUUGUAUAUCGAGCAACUCACUAGUCUUUGAUUCCGAUAGGUUGGAUCGGGAUUUGCAUCAACGGAAUCUGAAGAAAAGAGCGGUUUCCGGUAAAAGUUUAGAACCCAAUUGUGAUAACACUAAAAUUGGUUACAAUCAACGCAAAUCGUUGCAAUAUACCGACUCAAACGAGAAAAAAAUAAAAAGUUCCAACAAUUAUCAGAAAAAUUUUAAAUUGGCUCCUGUCACUGAUCUGUCGGAUGAAAACUUGUUUUCUGAAAGUGAAGGUUCCCUGAGCUCCCCUGACGAACCUGGGAAUUUCUCAUCUGUUCCACUUCCUGCUGCCAAUAGCGAAUCAGAACUCAAUUCUCAGUCCCUCGGUUCUGAAGUUGUCAUUCCUGCUCCUGAGGGUUUUCAGAGCACGGAAGAAGAAGAAAAUUGCUUGACGAAGAACCUUGAGAAGUUGAAAGUGAGUAGCUGCGGGAAUGGCACUAAAUGCAAUACUAAGCCCAAAAUCAUGAGGAAGCCAAAAGAAUUACUUAAAAACCACUCUGCCGAAUCUGCAGAAAGUGAAGACGUCAAGCAUGAACGAAGCAAAAGUGACGCAUUUAUGCACGACAAGACAGCUUUCUUAAAAAAAGAUGCAAAUGGUAGGCGGCACAGUGCAGGCAGUGUAAAAAACUUCAAGAAGCUAUUCGAAAAAGAGUUUGCAAUCUACGACAAGGUAGCCAAAUCGUCUGACGGACACGGCAGCCCCGAUUUAGAAGACGAGGAUUCCGUUGGCGGCAAAGGGCAGAACCAAACUAACCUGAAGACCAAAAUGCAGAAUCAUGAAAUCAAUAGUGAGUCUGAUAUUUAUUUGAACAACCCUGAGGAAGAAAAUGACAAUUCUUUUUUUCCACCUCCACCCCCUCCUGAGGACCUGGCAUUCCAGGAAGUCAUAAAAAGUCCUUCCACGAAGGAGCUGUCGAGCGGUCCUCCCAACCACAAAAAGUCGUGCCAGAACCUCAACCAGAAAGAUUCCGAUCGCAAAAUAAUGGAAAUCUACAAGAGCAUCGACGAGAUGAUCGGGACACUCCGCAAUUCCACUCACAGCAAUGGCACUCGUGUCAACCAGCUCUCCGAGAAGAUUAACUUGUUCUGCUCUACCUGCGGAAAUCACACUGCCAAUAUUCCGGUGCAAGAACAGUUUCAUUUCAGAGACCUCAUCUCUUGUUUAGAAAGUCAAAAAGAACAGUUUCACUCGUAUUCCAGUAAAUCUUCUAGUGACGUGAAACUGUUAACUGAAAUUCAUAGCACUAUUAGAGACUUGAUUAAUGUGGUACACAGGUGAAAAACAUUCCUUUUUCUAUGGAAGAAGAUUUGGUGCAAUCGUUUUAUACCUAAAAACAAACAAAAAAUGGAUUUUCGUCUAGUCUACAUUUGAAAUAAUGAAUUCAUCUUGUUAGUUUUCUGUAAUUAGAUGUUUUUUUUGUAAAUAAUUGCUCUGUGUGUUAUGAUUUCAAAAAUCUGUCUCAGGACCAUUUUAUAGGUUCUUCUGGACAAGAACGAAGCACUUCUUUUACUUGUGUGUGAUGUAAUCACCAUAAUUUGUAGAUAAAAAAAAUAUUCACUUUUAUUAGCUUUCUAAUUUUAGUAUUAGUUUUUUUAUAUAUAUAUAAAUUGUUAUAAAUAUCAUCGCUUGUGUAAACAAUCAACAUUACUUUUGUUUAAAAAUUUAACAUAAGGGUUUUCAAACUUCUUCUAAAUUCAUUAAUUAAAAAUAAUUUUUUCAUAGCACUAUAGAAUUUAAGUAUACAGCAUUGUUGAACAAGUAUUUUUUGUCUUCUCAAAUGUUGAAUAAAUAAUUAAAAAUUAAUAAUUAUGAAACGAUAAUAAAACUAAAGGAAACUGAUAUUAAAUAGGCUCCUAAUUUAGUUAUAUAUAUUUCAAUUGUUAUAUAUCAAUUUGAUAUAUAUAUUUUUUUAACUAUGCAUUUAAUUUAUAUACUAUUUGACCACAGUACUCAUUUGGGUUUUGCUUAAAUUCCUUCUAACUGUAUUUACAGUAAAUAAUUGACAUUUGAGUUGUUUUUUAUUCAGAAAUUAAAGCUUUUUUUAAAAAAUGGGAUUGUAAUUGUUUUUGUUUUCUAUGAUUCAUAAUCUGUAUGAACUGUAACAUCUUAAAUUUGCUUUGCAAAAGUUUUCUUUGGGUAAAAAAACCUAUUAGUUUUUUCCCCAAAAAUUUGCACUAUUCUGAUCAUUUAAUAUUUUUUUAAAAGAAAUUAAUGCUUUGCAAAAGUUUUCUUUGGGUAGGAAAAAUGUCAUUCCUAUUAGCUUUUCCCCUCCAAAAUUGCUCUAUUUUGGUAAUUAAAUUAAUAAAUUUUUUUUUAUUUUAAAUUAAUGCUUUGCAAGAGUUUUCUUUGGGUAGGAAAAACUUCAUUCCUAUUAGUUUUUUUACCCAAAAAUUUGCACUAUUUUGGUAAGUUAAUUCUUUUUUUAAAAAAUUAAUGCUUUGCAAAAGUUUUCUUUGGGUAGCAAAACCUUCAUUCCUAUUAGUUUUUUUACCGAAGAAUUGCACUAUUUUGAUAAUUUAAUUAUUUUUUUAAAAAAUUAUUGCUUUGCAAAAGUUUUUUUUGGGUAGGAAAAUAUUCAUUCCUAUUAGUUUUCCCCCCAAAAAAAUCUGCGCUGUUUGGUAUUAAUUUAAUUAUUUAAAAAAAAAUUACUUCUUAUGUUAGAGAAAUUUGGUAUGUGUUAAUAUGUGUUCGCAAAGAGCAAAUUUUAUUUUAAUUUUAAAAAUAAAAUUGGAAAUUUUCAAUUGAUAUUUUAUUCGUAUUUUGCUCAACAUUGUUACUGAAGAUAAUCAUAAUUUAACUGAAUUAUGUUAUAUUUUUUUUUUAUCACAGUACAGCUGGUUCUGUUCUGUAACUAAUGAUAUGAAAUAUAAUUUUAUAUUUGAAAUUUGAACUAGCCAAUUAAAUAAAGGAAAAAAAAUAGGUUAUUCCUAUUUAAAUGUUUGAAUUUUAUUUCAUGUUUCUAGUUAGUAUUUUAAGUUCGGUGCUAAAUAAAAUGCAUUUUAAACAUC